AUGACAGGUGUUUCAGCUCCGGGAGACAAGAAGAAAAAUGAAGAAAAGGAGCUGGAGGUUAAGGAUGAAGAAAAUGAGCUGAAGGUUCAGGAGGAGGAAGAGAAAGUGGCCCCAGAAGGAGAACAACGAGAGGAGGAAGUGGAGGUGGAAAUAAGGGAGGAGGUGGAGGAGAUGGAGGAGGUGGAGGAGAUGAACCAGGAGGAGGAACAGAAAGUGGCCCCAGAAGGAGAACAACGAGAGGAGGAAGUGGAGGUGGAAAUAAGGGAGGAGGUGGAGGAGAUGGAGGAGGUGGAGGAGAUGAACCAGGAGGAGGAACAGAAGGAGGAAGAAAUCAAGCAGGUGGAGGAUGAAGCCAGUCAGGAAGAGGAGGGAGAUUAUGAUAGUGAAGAAGAGGAGGAGGAAGGGCCAGGAUGGGGAAAGAGGAAGAGGACGGACAGUGAUGAAGAUUGGUCUCCAGGCAGGAGGAAAAUCAGUGUUCAACGAGAGCCUACAGAUCAAGGCGACGGGUCCCAUGACGACGACGACGACGAUGAUGAUGAGGAUGAGGAUGAUGAUUAUGAUGAAGACAAUGAUCGAUGUGGUCGUGGUGGUGGUGGUGGUGGUGGUGGUGAAGAUGGGUCUGGGUUGGUGUGGUGUGGAGAGUGCAGGGUGAAGGCCAGACGCAAUUGCCACAGAAACAAACACCCUCUGUACUACUGCUGCUACUGCUGCGGCCACACGGAACCCCGCCAGGAUUCCAAACACACAGGUGUAACGGAAACGGAAGUUCACCAAGACUCUAAUCACACAGAAUCAGAACCUCACCAAGACUCUAAUCAUACAGAUGUCAUGGAUAUGGAACCUCACAGGGACUCCAAUCACACAGAAUCGGAACCUCACCAGGACUCUGAUCACACAGGUCUCGUGCUAACGGAACCUCUCCGAGAUUCCGACUGCGCAGGCGGCAUGGUAACAGGACCUCCCAAAGAUUAUAACUGCACGGGCAUCAUGGUGACAGAACCUCCCAGACAUUCCGAGUCCGUCAGCAUUCCACCGUUUGCCGUCUACUUCCGCGACCCCUACAGGCUGCAGGCCCACAUGGAACAGUGGCAUCGCGAUGUCAACAAGGUGACCCGCGGACGACGGGAGCUCUGCCCGCUCUGCGGCGAGUUCUUCAUGAACCGGGACGGUGCCACGACACACGACUGCCAGACUCCGAAACCGUUCGCCUGUGUGAUCUGUGAGAAACGUUUCGCCUCUGAGGGAGGACUACGUUAUCACAUGCCAGUCCACGGCGACAGCCACAGAUUUUUCUGUCGUUUCUGCCUCAAGAAGUUCCGGCACAAAAGCGAUAAAUGCAGACAUGAGGAGAGCCAUCAGUCGGAGAAACUGAAGUACUACUGCCCCCAAUGCCCCGAGCGCUUUGCAGACAUCAAGAGUCGAAGUGCUCACAGGAAAAAAGAGCACGAUGUUUACAAGCGUUUUGUUUGUGAGACCUGCGGUAGGGGAUUUGGCACCGAGACGGCGCUCCGGAGGCACGAACUAGUUCAUACGGGAAAGAAGCCAUUCACGUGUGAAGUGUGCAAUCGCUCGUUCAACCAAGGUGGCCACCUGAAGUCACACAUGCGCAUGCACACAGGAGAGAGACCCUUCAAGUGUCCGCAGUGUGAGAGGAGCUUCAACCACAACGUCAGCCUCAAGAACCACCUCCAGCGACACCACGGAGCCAAGACUGGCCCAGCUCAACAGGACCAAGAGUGCGCAAAUUCUAAAACUGCCCCAAGUUCCGGAACCUCUUAGUAGACUUUACGGAACAGCCGAGAGAGGAAACUAGCUUGGUCUUCUAGAAUUAUAUGAUAAAAGACUUAUUAUGACCUUUUAUGAUAAAAUGUUUUGGAAAGUUUUGCCCAGUGUUCCAGAACAACUGAAUAGAUUUUGCUCAACAGGUCGGAGAGGGCACCAGUGAUUACUGACCUACAUGUUCUAGAACUGAUGGAACUGAAAAAUGUUUAAGGUUCCGUAAUGUUCUGCCCAAAGUUCUGGGAUAUCCCUGCCUGAGUGCCUUGAGUGGACACUAAUCAUAACUCCUAGAAGAAAAUAGUAAAAGUUUCUGGAAUGUUCUGCCCAAUGUUACGGAACAUCUGAAUAGACUUUGCCAAGUAGGCCUGAAAAUAUACCUCAGCCAAAACACUCAUCAAAUGUAAACACCUACCUCUCAGCCAAAACACUCAGCCGCAGCAAGAAUCUGAAGGUCAUCUUAAAAUUUGCAUAGAAGCUUCCAUUUCCAUGGUUUGGAUAGCUCAAUCUUGGUCUCAUCAGUCCAAAAAUUGUUCCAGGACUUCUCUCGACCUGCAGAUUUGAACUGUUGCUGAUGAGUGUUUUGCACUAGUUCUUCAGAAGAGUAAGAGUAUGCACAUACCACCUCUCCGAGGCCAAGUGCAGGACAAUGACUUAUCUAACAGUGGAAAGAGUAGAAGUCUGCACACUGUAGGUCCGUUUUGUUGGGUCAAAACGUUGUACCUGAAUACAUUUGCAAAACGGAGCUACAGUGUGCAUACUUCUACUCUUUCCAUUGUUUUGCAUUAUUAGUUAUCUCUGCCAAGGAGGUUGUGUUUUCAGUCGCAUUAGUUUGUCUGUCUGUCUCACAAAGUUAUGCACAGAUUUUGAUGAAACUUUGUGGAGUUAUUGCCAAUGAGACGGGACAAUUGAAAAAAAAUUGGUGAUCUGGAUCAAAAUCCAGAUCCAGGAUUUUUUUUGACAAGAUUCUGCGUCCAUGUCCAACCUGUUUCAACACGUUUCCUGAACUGAAAAUAAAUGUGUGGGUUCAAACAAAGAGUAUUAUAUAUUCCAAUUUGUUUCACACAUCAACAAGAGUAUUAUUAUUAAAAGAUAGAUCAUUAGAAAUUUACCCGGAAAUAAAUGCUGACAUUUUGAACUGUCGUCUCAUAUUCAUCUUUUAGUCUUAUAGAUAAGCUUCCCGUUUACAAACAUUCACGCUGUGCGGUAGGGGUGGAACUGUUCACAAAAUUCACGGUUCGGUUCAUAUCA